AUUUAGCGCAGAGGCAGGGUAGUGACAGCGGGCCAUUGGUGGAUUUUUAUCGCCGUUGUAUCUCGGGAAGGGAUAAAUACAAGCAAGGGGGGCCGGGACUGGAGGGCUGCUUGAAACUCGACUGCAGGUCUGCAGAUGGAAGGCGGACAGUGUAACUCUAGGUUCUUUUUUUUCCUCCCCAGCAUGCAUGGCUUUUGUUUCUAGCUGAUGCAGAGAAAAGCACUUACCUUUCUUUACACACUGAAGGCUACAGUGUGGAUAGACUGCAUAGACUGUGUGCAGUCACCACACGGCUGAAUUGAUUUUCUAACACAGGAGGGAGAGAGACUGAGAGACUGAGAGAGAGAGAGACAGAUAACAGGGUACUCAGUGCUGUUUUAUCACCUACAGAAACUGGAAAUUAAACUUUUUUUUUUUUUCCCUUUUCUUUACACAUCUAGCCUCUUAAGGCUACACUGGACUGAACUGUUCGAGUUUACUGCACAUCUCAGGAGUGACUUUUCUUUUUCUUUACUCAAACUGUGAAGAGAGAGAGGAGGAGGAGGAGGAGGAGGAGGAGGAGGAGGGAGAGAAAAGAGCUGAGUUUGCUUUAAAGUGAAUCGAAGGACCAAGCAGAGAGAAAGAGCAAGUACACUGCUCUCCCUCUGUGUGUGUGUGUGUGUUGUGUGUGUGUGUGUACAACCGGGCAGCAUGGUGCAGAAAAUGAGCCACACGGAGAGCACCGCCGAGGCUCUGUCCUUUUUCGCCGGGGAUUCCAGCUCCGACUCCGGGGCGUGCAUGGACCUGGACCCGGCCGCCUCGCCUCUCUCCCCGGGCUCCACGGCGUCUUCCACCGCCGGGGACAAGCUGGGAGAGAACCCAGCGUGGUGCAAGACACCCAGCGGCCACAUCAAGAGACCCAUGAAUGCGUUCAUGGUGUGGUCCCAGAUCGAGAGGAGGAAGAUCAUGGAGCAGUCCCCGGACAUGCACAACGCUGAGAUCUCCAAGAGGCUGGGGAAGAGGUGGAAGCUCCUCCGAGACAGCGACAAGAUCCCGUUCAUCAGAGAGGCGGAGCGGCUCAGGCUGAAGCACAUGGCGGACUACCCCGACUACAAGUACCGGCCGAGGAAGAAGGUGAAAUCGAGCGCCUCCAAGCCUGGCAGUGGCGGGGACAAGGGAGAGAAACUCAACAGUAGCUCCAACAACACCAGCACUAAGACAUCCUCAUCUUCCCGGAAGAAUGGAUCCAAAUCACCCAGCAGCAGCAAACCCCACAAAUCACUUUUCGGGAGCAGUAGUAGCACCACCACCACCAAAGCAUCACCUUUUGCCUCUGAGCACACAUCAGAGCACCACCACCACCACCACCAUAACUCUCUCUACAAGUCCAAAUCUGUCUCCUCAGCAGCCAAGCAGAUACCGGAUCUCAAGAAGCCCAAGCGGGUGUACGUCUUCGGGGCCAACAUGAGCGUCAGCCCGGCGUCCUCCGUCGUGGUCCCGGCCAGCCCGACCCUCAGCAGCUCGGCCGACUCCAGCGACCCUCUCAGCCUGUACGAGGACGCGGCCAGCGGCAGGGAGGAGGACGCCGUCCCCGGCAGCACCGGCAGCCUGGGCGGGUCUUCGGAUCGCAGCGGCGGGCACACAUACAGCAGUCGGCGGGCUUCCUCGCCGACUCCCUCCGGCUCCCACUCCUCCGCGUCGUCCCACUCGUCCUCCUCCUCUUCCUCGGAGGAUGAGGAGUUCGAGGACGACUUGCUCGACAUCAACCCGAGCCCCAGCUUUGAUAGCAUGUCGCUGGGCAGCUUUAGCUCCUCGGUGCUGGACAGGGACUUGGAUUUGAACUUUGAGUCCGGCUCCGGUGGCUCCCACUUCGAGUUCCCCGACUACUGCACUCCCGAAGUCAGCGAGAUGAUCUCCGGGGACUGGCUGGAGUCCACCAUCUCCAACUUGGUGUUCACAUACUGAGUGAGCAAAAAAUGCAAAAAAUAAAAUAGCUAAAAAUCUGACCAGAAACAGCAGUUCCUGGCACGGUGGGCGUACUGGUUUGUGUACACAAAACUAGUGAACAACCCACUGAAACUAGUCCCGUCUCGUCCAAAUAGGCAAGAGCUGCAAAUCCUUGGGAAGCUAAACUUUAAAGCGGAAAAAGUAGCUUUUUGUACUUUUCUUCGGAUGCGUGGACUGGGGGGGAUUCGACCACAAAAGUGGAGCAAACACGAGAAGGAGGAGAAAUGACAGACUGGCUGGGUUUCCUGACAGUGAAACGCUCAGUCCUGAACUGUUUUUUUUGAACUAAACAAGCUUAACUGUGAUUGAUUUGCACGUCCUGCGGUCCGCCGUUCACUUAAUCAAUGUUGUUGCUGAUUUAAAAAAAAAAAAAAAAAAAAAAAAAAAAAAAGAGAGGGGACAUUUCACAACUUUUUACCGAUCGCCAAGUGAACUUCACCACUAAAAAGGUACAGAUAUAGGACUGUCGUGCGACAUUUUUUUUUUUAU